CCUCAGACCAGGAAAUUCAAAAAAAGUCGGAAGUAGCCGGGAGAGAGAGAGAGAGAGAGAGAGAGCGAGCGAGAUCGGGAUCCUUUAUUUCUUUGGAUGUUGCAUUUCAAAGGCGCCUUCUCGCAUCAGGAAUCUUAGCUCCUAAGAAUAUCACCCAUCAUGGACGACGAUGAUGGUAUAAAAUUUCGCCAGAUACUUCUGGCCAUUGAUGAGAACCUUGGGAAGGAAGAUGUGGAUGCUAUGAAAUUUCUUUGCAGUGACUUUAUCUCCACAAAGCAUCUAGAAGGAGUAGAAACAGCACAAGAUAUUUUCCAACUGCUCAUAAAUAGGAACCUUUUAAGUAAGGAGGACACUUUCAUCGUAGCAGAACUUCUCUACAGGAUUAAGUGCCACUUCCUGCUUCAGAAAAUUGGAUACACCCAGCAAAAAGUUGAACACAACCUGUUUCACAUAAGAAAUGUCUCCGAGUACCGACAGAUGCUAUAUGAAAUAUCUGAGGGAUUCACUGAGGAAAAUGUGAAGACAGCCAUGUUCCUUCUCAGGGAACACCUUCCAAAGAAGCAAUCCAUCGCAUCUGGUCUAGAAUUGCUGACUUCCCUAGAGAAACAAGACCUUUUGGCAGAAGACAAACUGGCAAUAUUGGAAAAAAUCUGUAACAAAGUGUCACCUGAACUACGGAAUAAAGUGGACAAAUUCAAAGAAAGAUCAGCAUCUGAUAAAGAAAGCAAAGGUAUUGAAAACUCUUCUCUUCCUGGAUUUCAAGACGCAUCUUUUGGAAAUGUUUCACUCUGGGAACAUCCUUUCCUGUAUCCAGUUAAAAAACCUGUAGAUUCUUACUCUGAAGAAUUUGGGAGCCUGAGAGAACACGGUGAAAUUUUCUCUUCUCUGCCUGCAAAUCAAGAUGUCAAAGCAGGAAUCACCUCAGGCCCAUCAGAGCAGCCAAUAGGAAAUGAGAAAUCAAAAUGUGCCUCUGAGGCAUCAACUUGCUACAAAAUGGACGGGCUGAACAGGGGAUCUUGCCUCAUUUUUAAUAAUGUACAUUUUGAAGGGGGCCUCAACCAACGAAGAGGAUCCCAGAAAGAUGCCGAGGAGCUGGAGUCGGUAUUUAGAUGGCUUGGGCUAGAUGUGAUCAAGUAUAAUGAUACAACCUCAAUAGAGAUGGAAAACCAUUUGAAGCAGUGGCAGUCUUUUGAAAACUGGAAAGACAUGGACUGCCUAGUAUGCUGCAUUCUGUCUCACGGUGAAUCUGGAAAGAUUUAUGGGACCGACGGAAAUUUAAUUCCAAUCCGCACUAUCAUGUCCUACUUCACUGCCAAACAAUGUCCCCAACUAGCCAAAAAGCCCAAGCUCUUUUUCAUCCAGGCAUGUCAAGGAGAAAAGACACAGCAACCAGUUUAUCUGGAAACAGAUGACGAAUAUGGUAUUCACCUUAAAGAAGACGCACAAUCUUCAGGGUCUUUCCCUUUGCAGCAGAUGAUUUCGAGCAUUCCCGAAGAAGCAGACUUUCUGCUUGGCAUGGCUACUGUGGAUGGCUACCUCUCUUUCCGGCACGUCCAUCAGGGCACAUGGUACAUUCAGGCUCUAUGUGACAAGCUCCGGACCUUGGUGCCAAGAGGCGAAGACAUAUUGUCCAUCCUUACAGAAGUCAAUGCUGACGUGAGCAGACGUGCAGACGCUCAAGGGCAAAAGAAACAGAUGCCGCAACCAGCUUACACCCUCAGGAAAAAACUGAUAUUCCCCAUCCCUUAAAAAAUGCUAGAGUUUUUGUCACAGAAUGAGCAUUUGGAAUUACAAUGCUUUCGAGAGAUCAUGAUGUUUGAUUUUUGUUGGGGGGAAAGACUGGCCUUAUGCAUUCACUUAGGACUCUAGCAGAUCAUUUGGAAAACGCUAUUCAACAGAAAAGAUGACAAGCCACUAUCCAGAGUGGAACUACUCAGGUUUUAGCCAUUUUUUAAAAAUCUUGGUUGUCACCGACUAUAGCAGCCAUGAAUUGUGUUUGUUUGUUUUACCGCUCUUUGCUUGAAGAUUCCACUAUUUUGAAUUUUUCUCAUCCUCUCUCAUACUGGUUAGGGCAGGCAUCCUCAAACUCCAGUUUUCUAGCUGUUUAGGUCUCCAACUACUAGAAGCCAAAGCCAGCUGUUCAAUGGUCAGGGAUUCUGGGAGUUGGAGGCCCAAACAGUUGGAGGAUCGGAGUUUGAGGAUGCCUGGCUUAGGGCCUUUUAACCUCUUUUGAGCAGACGAAGAGCAUUGCUUUCCCCAUCUUGCCUGUGAGCUUCCAGAAAGACCUGAAAAUGGAUAUGCGUUUGUCACUGCUGUAACAGAGAUAUCAAUUGGUGUCAAGAUUACCUUGAGGCACAAUAAAUACUUUGUUUCAAAGGAAAAAGCAAUAGGAA